GUUCGCUCAUUCGAAGCCGCGACCUGAGAAGACGCAAGCACAUCGACGGUCCGUAAGAGGCAGCACAGCGAUCAGGUACAAGCAAUGCUCAUGGAUGGCGGACGUGAGGCGGGACGCGGCGGCCACUGCGUGCCAAUGACCUCGUAGAUAUCACACAAGGACCGGCAGGGGCGGCCGGCUGAGCGGUCGACAGCUCAUGGCCCGUCUAGCGGCCGAGCAGCCAAACGAAGAGCGUCGGUUGUGGCCUCAAUGACUUUUUGUCCUUCUUUCCUUCGUCACCAUCUCGCUCAUCACGCUCAAAGUCGAGGUCAGCAUCGACUGACUGACCCUUAGCCCGCCAUCAUGGUAGCCAACGACGCAGGCCAAUUCGCGUCGCCCAUGGCACCAUCUUCUGCUCGUCAAGUCAAUGGCUCCGACCCAGCCACCGCCGCCGCUGCCCAAUCUCCCGUCGUCGAUCUCGCUACGGCCAUCAAAUUGCUCUCCGCCGUCAACAUGGAGAGAGGGCUGCUCAUUGCCGGCGCCUCAGCCCUCCGUAGGCUCCGCAAUGACAUCCUCGGCGUUGAAGCGAUCCAGAAUCUCAUCCUCGCCGGCCACUCUCCUGAAGCCAUCAAGUACUGCCUCGCUCAGAGCAGUGUGAUGCGAGAGCAGAUUCAAGCCAAGCUACCAGACCUCGUAGGGAACUUCGCCCUGGGCUACGCCAUAUCGACGACGUCAAGCCAGCUCAAGGCCGCUAUUGCCACCAGCAAUAACAGCCCCAAGCAGACCAUCGAGAUCAUCCUCAAGACCAUCGACGAGGCACGCAAGACCAAGCCAGCGCCUUACCAGCCUGCCGACGAAGUGAUUGACUACGCCCCUCUGAUUCAAUUUGUCGAUUACCAGCGAGUUGAGGGCGUCUUGUUCGAGGACCCUGCUUGGGCGGAUGGCCGCAAAGCCAAGGACCGUUGGGACGCCCGCCUCUCGCAUACCAUCAAAGACAUGAACUUGCGCUUCAAUGAUGCCGUUGCUGCCCUCGACUGGAAGCAAGCAGGUCUCAAUGUCACGCUCAUUCUCCAAGCAGCUCAGCCCAGCGACGCCCUCAGCAUCGUGAACAACAGUGGCACCGCUCAGGUAGUUGCCGGUCCCAGCCUACCCAGCAAGGCCGCCGCUGCUCCUGAUUUACUCGGCGUCAGCGACAAGACCCUAGCUGCUCAUGGCCGUGUCGUCCGUCAAGCGCUCGUACGCACUCUGUUGGAGAGAGCAGAGGCCCAUAGCAGCAUUAGUAUCUCCACGAUUGAAGAGGGCUGCUUACGCAGCACCAUCAAUGACAAGAAUAUUCGCACUUUAGGCACCGUCAACGGCACCACCGCCACAGCAACCACGAGGAAUGGCAAUGGCCACACACCUCAUGAAGCAAGCGGUGAAGAUGAGCGUUUGUGGCAUGCGCUCCUUCAAGCUGUCGGGAUAAAGAGCGAGUGGGCACUUGCCUGGGGCGCAGCCCUACUCAGUCUCGAUCGAAAUGAAGAAGCGAUUCAAGCCUUCAGCAUCGCCAUCACGACUUGCGGACAACAGCAAGCCUCGCUCAGCGACAGCAGCAGCUACACUGAGCCACUCUCGCGCAGUCGCGAUGUUACCCUCGAUGAGCUCAUUGCUCAGCUCACAAUCAGUCAUGAUGACGACGAAUCCACCAGCGACGACGAGGUUGAGGAAAAUGGUGAACAUAAGGCCACCGGUUACAGCAUUCCCGCGCAAGCCAUCUCAAAGGAGGAGAGGCGGCUCGCUCAUGUCAUUUUCCGAGCGGCUCUGCUCCUGAGGGCACUGGCUCGUGUGCGCCUGCUAAGCAUCGCUCAUGACGAUCAGGCUGGAGGCGUCAGCAGCAGCGGCACCGUCUCAAUCCCCGAGUCUGUCAUCACUAGCAGCAACAGCAAUCUCCGCGGGUCAUCAGCUCGCGUGGGCGAUGAGGCGACCAAUGGCAUCCGCAGCAGCAGCAGCAGCAGCAGCAAUCACGACGAGGGCAGUGUCAACGACACUGUCUCGACGUGCGAGAGCGUCACUACCCUCGCAAGCAGCGUCGAACAGCCCGCCGACAAAGCUUUUGCGCCUGCCUCGUCACUCGCCAAUGGCAAAGUCGGCGGCGCCAAUAGUAUGGAUAGCAGCAGCAGCGAGCUCGUCCGCCUGGCCAGCCUUGAUCUCGAGAGACUGGUCAAGAUUCAGCCUGGACACAAGCAUGCGCAAGCUCUCCUCGACGUCCUCUGCGGCUUGGAGGCGAGGACCGGCAAGGAUAGCAGCAGCGAAAACGGCAUCAGCAAGGCAAACGGCGGCGAUGCCGCCACGUCGGCAGAAGAACCUGAUAGCAAGCAGAUCGAGAUGUGCGAGACGAGCAGCAAGAAUGUAGAGGGCGCUGAGCCUUCCCCUGCUGGCCAGGGAGUGAAUAGGGUGAAGGUUGCGCGAGUGGAGGACGAGGAGGAGUGAGUAGCCGAGGGAAGAAGGAAGUGGAGAGAGUGAGCGGGCGUUGCGCCGCAGGCGGUGCGAGCUUGCCAGUGGCUAGCCACGCUCUUGUGUGAGAAGGAGGGGAUGUGAGAGGGAGGCGGAAGGCUGAUGGUACACGGGUACCACUACGGCAAGGACGACGGCGAGGAAGGGGCUGACGUAAGUCUCCUACCGUCUGGGGACGUCGAGGGUGAGGGAGCAUGAAGGGUAACACUUCACUCUUCUUCUUCGACCUCGCGAGGUCGCGGCCCCCUGAUCUGCUUUCGGCUUUCCCUUUUUUCACUCUCCAAUGAUAAAAGUUGGCGAUUGAUUGG